UGUUAACUGUUGCAUCUUUGGUUGUCAUUCCUAGUGGUAUUGCAUUCAUAGAUAUUUAUUGGUGUUACUAUAUUCUGGAGUUGUAUUUGCUAGAUUCAGUAUUUGUUGGUAAUGAUGGUUUGUUGUUGAUAGUGUUUGUUGGUGAUAGUGUUUAUUGGUGA